AUGUUCCUGGCUGACACUGUGGACUUCAUCAUCAUCGUCUUUGGCUUUUGGGCCUUUGGGAAACACUCUGCAGCUGCAGAUAUCACCUCGUCACUGUCGGAGGACCAGGUCCCUGGGCCGUUUCUGGUGAUGGUCCUCAUUCAGUUUGGGACCAUGGUGGUGGACCGAGCACUCUACCUCAGGAAGACUGUCUUGGGAAAGGUCAUCUUCCAGGUCAUUCUUGUGUUUGGAAUUCACUUCUGGAUGUUCUUCAUCUUACCUGGUGUGACUGAGAG